GGCAGCGGAACUCUAGCUGAGUGCUCGAAUAAUUUCAUGUUCAUAAAUAAUAAAAAACGCAGCCACAAUAAAUACAAUUUUCAAUUGGCUGUGUGCGUGUUUUUCCAACGCACAAAACACAUACAAAUAUAGCAUUUAAUUUUUGUGUCCAUUAUGUGUGCAAUUAAAUGAAAAUAAAAAAUAUAACAACAACAACAACAAAUUGGGUGUGUGAAAAAGCAAAAGCAACAACGAAAUUAGACGCGUAAACUGCGUAGCAAAUGCUGAAUGAAUAAAUACAACAAAAAAAUACAGAAAAGCCGCAAGCACAGCCAGAGCAGAAAGCGAUAAGCUUACCGCAACCACUCUCUACCCACUAAAGAAACUCAACAACUCAACAAUAAACAAAACACACAACACUGCCAUAUUGCAACAAAGAAUAUAUAGAACUGUAAACAGAAACCAGAUCAACCUCAAUCUACCUCGUUUUUGGGCCAAUAUCAAUAUACAAUACCAGCCAGAAUCGAAUGUAUAGAACCGAGAACCCAAAUCCAAGUCCGAAGUAAUGGGAACCACAAUAUGGAACAACAGGCAGUGACCAAGACCACCUAGAAUUGCUGCUGAGAUUACACACCCCUGAGAUUAUAAGAACAACCCACUUAAGAUCUAGAGGAUCAUCCGCAAAACCCCUAAUUCCCAGGAUUCCCAGGAACUCUAGUGGCCAACAGUAUGACCAAGAGCAACGGGGAUGUGGAGGCCGGCGCCACUCAGGCUGCAUCCUUGGGCGGCGGCAAGCCCAGCAAUGGACAUGGCCAGGUAAAUGGCUAUCAUCAGAAUGGCGGCGGUGGACGCCGAGACUCUAGCCAGGCCUUCACACCGCUCCUGGCCCAGAACGGUGGCAACGAGGUGGCCACAACGCCGCCGCCCAGCACAGUGCUCUACGAGAGCACGCCCAGCAACAACAACGAGUGGAAGGGACCGGCGGUGGAGGACCUCAAGAAUGGCAACCACACCAACAACAAUGGCACCUCCAAUGGCCAUGGACAUGGCCACAAUCUCAGCGAGAAAUAUGCCCACGAGCAGGCGCCUCUAACUGGCGGCUACAAGCUGCCCCCUCGCUCCAGUGAAUCGGAAGAGUCCGACUUUGAUUCAGACCUCAAUGGCGGCUCCUCCUCGGCGGAUGCUGCUGCCAGUUGCGGUUUGUUCGGCUGCCGACCUAGGUGGGCCAGGAGAUUCGCCUCGACGCACGUCUUUAUGGUGGUCUUCCUGCUGGCCUACAUUCUGCAGGGAAUGUACAUGACUUACUUCGUCUCUGUGAUUACCACCAUUGAGAAGCUCUUUCAGAUCAAGUCGAAGACGACAGGACUCCUCCUAAGCGCCAGCGAGAUGGGUCAGAUUUGCACGGCCAUGUUGCUGACCUACUUUGCGGGCAGGGGUCAUCGUCCGCGAUGGAUAGCCUGCGGAAUGGUCCUCUUCUCCAUAGCAGCUUUUGCCUGUGCCCUUCCCCACUUCAUUUUCGGGGAGCAGCUGAUGCAUUCCAGUGUGAUUCUGCAGCAACAGCCGCAGCAGAUUGAGUCCACCUCCUCAAUGUGGCUGAAUGGCAGCCGGGACUCGGAGGUGAUGAGCCUGAAUCCCAAUCUGUGCAUCCUGGGGGGCAAUUCCAGCCUGUCGGGUAGUGAGUGCAAUGAGGAGCGGCAGCUGGAGCAGGCCUCUCACUCCAAGAUCACCGUCAUUGUGCUGUGCAUCUUCUUUGGCAGUCUGCUGAGCUCGGGCAUUGGCCAGACGGCGGUGGCCACCCUGGGCAUUCCCUACAUCGAUGACAAUGUGGGCAGCAAGCAGUCACCCAUGUACAUGGCCGUCACCAUAGGCAUGCGCAUCCUGGGUCCAGCCUCUGGUUUUAUUUUUGGCAGCUUCUGCACCCGCUGGUAUGUGAACUUCUCCAAUCCCGGCUUUGAUGCCACCGAUCCGCGUUGGAUUGGUGCCUGGUGGCUGGGCCCAGUGGCCAUUGGCAGCCUGAUGCUGCUGGCCUCGAUUGCCAUGUUUUCGUUUCCCAAGCAACUGCGAGGCAAGCAGCAGUCCCAGGCGGCGGCAGUGGCAGCUCCUCCAGCAGAGCCAGAGGAGAAGCCAAAGCUGAAAGAUUUUCCCAAGACUGUACGCCGUCAGCUAAGCAACGAUAUCCUUAUGUUCCGCACUGCCUCCUGUGUGUUCCAUCUGCUGCCCAUCGCGGGCUUGUAUACUUUCCUUCCCAAAUAUCUGGAGACACAGUUUCGGCUGGCCACCUACGAUGCCAAUAUGAUAGCUGCCUUCUGUGGCAUCCUGGUCAUGGGCAUUGGCAUUGUCAUCUCCGGCUUGUUUAUCCUGAAGCGAAAGCCCACGGCUAGAGGUGUGGCUGCCUGGAUAGCCUUUACAGCUCUGGUGUAUUCCGUGGGCAUGAUUAUCCUGAUGUUUAUAGGCUGCAGUAUGAAUGACUUUGCGGGCUACAAGGCCAGCGAUGGCAACAGUCCCGCUCUUAUCGAGCCCACCUGCAGUGCCGCUCUCAACUGUACCUGUGAUAAGGAGAACUUUGCCCCAAUUUGUGCCGAUGGCAAGAUGUACAUCUCGGCCUGCCAUGCGGGAUGCAGCAGUACCUCGCUGCGACCCAGCGAUAAUCGCACCCUAUACACCGACUGCGCUUGCAUUCCAGAUGCUCCGGAGGCGGUCAACGGUUACUGUGAUAAUAACUGCAAGAACUUCAUCUACUUUAUACUGAUCUUUGCCAUUUGCGUAUUUAUGCAUUCCACCUCCGAGGUGGGCAGCAUGCUGCUCGUCAUGCGAUGUACACAUCCCAAAGAUAAGGCCAUGGCCAUGGGUGUGAUACAGUCGGCCAUUGGCCUGUUUGGCAAUGUUCCUUGUCCCAUCAUCUACGGCGCCGUUGUGGACUCCGCCUGCCUCAUCUGGAAGUCGGUGUGUGGCAAGCAUGGAGCCUGUUCGCUCUACGAUGCGGAUACCUUUAGGCACUAUUUUCUGGGCAUCACCGCUGGCAUCAUGUUCCUGGCAUUCCUGAUGGACCUGGUGGUCUGGCGCAAGGCUCAUCGCAUUGACAUUGCGCCCGAGGAUCCCCAAGAAGGCAACGGGCACACGGGCAAUGGACGCUCCCUGGAGGUGUCCGAGUCAAAGCAGCCCAUCUCACCGGCGCCGGAUACGACGGUUUAGGAAAGGAAGAAUACUCUAGACAGAGACAUAGACAGAGACAGAGACGAGAGCUUGGCCCAGCAGCUGAGAGAUUUCCAAUAAACGUUUACCUUAAUUGUUAAUUAGUUAUCAUUUUGUCUAGUUUUUUAGCCUAGUGCAAGAGUUAUGUAUUUAGUUAAGAGAGAAAGAGAGUGGCAUCUUUGAUUAUAGGGAGACCUCAUUGGAACCCAAACCCGAACCCCAGGAUCCCUGCUCCAUAUUCUACAUAAAACCCCUAUAUAUGGAUUACGUUUAAAUUCUGUGUAAAAAUCUCAACGCGAAACGAAGAUAUAAAGCGUAACUAAAAAAAGGAGAAAAUUAGAAAGAAAAUAAUUGAGAAAAGCGAAAAGUAAAUUGAGAAAUCUGUAAUGUGUAAACUAUAUAUGUGUAAUCUGUAAUCUGUAAUUAAUAUAUUAGACAUAUACAUUUACAUGUAUGUAUGUAAUUGCAACCUAUCUGUGGUAGUUAAAUUUUAGUUAAAAUUCAAACUAAUUGUCUAAGUUUUGUCAUACAACAAGAGCAACCAACAACAAAAAAAGAAUAUACGAAAAGAAAUUAAAUGGAAAAACUAUAUACAAAUAAUAA